CCCAACUUUUUGACAGUUAUGUUUCAAAAUUUGAAAAUAUUUUGAUAAAAAAUAUAUUUUUCCCUUGAGAAAUUAGUUUUUGAUCAUAGUGGACGACAGUCGUGAGUAUAUGGAUUCACAGGAAGGGAUUAGCAUUGAUAAAAUUGAUGAAACAUUGACUUUGGCAAAACUCAGCAGGAACGAUGUGAAACCCUAUUCUCAGAUGUUACAUUUCACUGAUGAGGAUUUGAAUAAUCACGAUUAUAAAUUAUUACAGCUUGAUUCACAUUUACUUUCCGAAAUAACAGCUGGCAACACUUUGUUUAUCAAAGGUGAAGAUGAAGAUGAAGUUGUUAUUUGUUCAGAAACGUCGACCUUUCAUGUUACAGAGGCAGAAACUUCUAAUAGUUUACUUCUGGUGAACGAUUUGAAAUUGAGUAAUGAUAUUGACGAAUCUGCAGAACACAAAGUGUCCAAAGUUUCUGUGAGCGCUAUAUUUUUUGACUAUUUAGAAGCCACAGUGGGGAAGCCUCAUUUAAAAAAAAUAAAUGAUUUCCUUUCAUGUACUACUUUCAAAGGACCAGAAUUUGAACACGAGAUUGAUAAAGAAAAACUGUUCUCUCUCGGAGAAUUAGCUAAUGUUGUACAAGCGUCUAACAAAGAACUAAGGGAAGCUUUGAAUCCGAUGAACGUUAUCGAACUCGAGGGAAAAAUUCGGUUACUGGAUUUUUCGUACCAGUUCCGAGUUUUGUCUUACAUGUUCAAACUGAUUGAAGAAAAUUCGUGGCAGCUUGAUGAGAUUGAUUUUGAUGAAACUGUAGAAUCAUUGACAGAUUUAGUUCCCCGCGAAGUAGUUUGUGGCUUAUUUGAUAAAUACGCAGAAGAAUCCAAGGUAAUCGACUCCCUGCAGCUCUACAAGUACAAAGAAAAUGAAGUUUGCACUUUUUUUGCUUCAGCUCUGUUGCAUGGGACUGAAAAACUGAGUUUAGAGGAGUUCAUGCAGGUAUGGACAGAUUCAGUGCCAGAAGGGAUGGUCCCUAAAGAGGAGAUGCUUUAUGGAAUAGCGAUAAUCAACAGAAAUAUCAACCCGAAUAUUGUGGUGGCCUUUGAUGAGAACACUUUACCUGAGGACAUCAUCGAAAGGUUUAAACGUUUGUUUGAGGUGAAAGAAAAGUGGAGUGUGCCUGAAAUAGCACCCUAUAUAAGACGACUGACAACAGAAAAACUGGAUGUGAAUGCCUUAUUGGCCAAAUAUGCGAGAGCUUCGAAAGUAAAUGGAAUAAAGUACUACUCUUCAAAGCACGGGAAGUGACCAAGACCAAGAUAAUCUGACUAUUCAUUUGAUAUUUUUUCUGAUAGAAAAUAAGAUUUGAAAAAUGUAUCCCGAUAUUUCAUUUUUUGUCAUUUGCACCAAGCAAACUUUGAAGACAUAAAAAAUGAUAAUGAAUGUUUCCCAAGAAAUAUAUAUGUUUAUAGU